AUGGCGUCGUCUUCUCUACAGAUUUGUGCAUUGCUGCUGGCUUUAGCAGGAUUCACCAUUUCACUUGUUACUACAAUGUCCAACAGAUGGAAAAUUUUGGACACCACAACAGUGCUGGUUACUGCAGACUGGACUUCUGAAGGUCUUUGGAUGGACUGUGCAGUGACUGCUUUUGGAUCAAUACAGUGCAAGAAAUUUCUCUACAUGUUGAGUUCAGACACUCAUAUUCAGGCAUCCCGUGCCUUGAUGAUUUCUUCCAUCCUUUUGGGAUUCAUAGCUACAGUACUCUCGCUGCUUGGUUUGAAAUGCACAAAAGUUGGGCUGAGCGAUGAAGAUGCGAAAAUGAAGUUUGCUGUCACAGGAGGAUUUCUCUUUAUUUUAGGAGGUCUCUGCUCCAUGGUGGCUAUUUCUUGGUAUGCUGCGAUGAUUACCGCUCAGUUUUUUGACCCAUUGUACGCUGGAACCAAGUAUGAACUAGGAGAUGCUCUGUACUUAGGCUGGGCUGGAUCUGUUCUUUAUAUACUUGGUGGGAUCUUACUGACCUGUUCAUACAAAGGGAAGAAAAAACAUGAUUACAGUUGCAACAAGUACGCAUAUUCAGCAGGCCAGGCAGCUCAUCAGCAGCACAUUUACACCAAAAACUCUGACACAGUCAUAAGCAACAAGGAGUAUGUCUAA